AUGGAGGCAGCGCUGGGCUGUCGCGUCCGUCCGCGCGCUGCGGUUGGCUGUGUGCCACAGGCGGCCCGUCGUUGUCCGUCGGCCCGGUCUGCUCGCGUUGCAAUGCAUCCGCUGCAGCCGCGUCGCCACCUGCUCGGCGCGAACAGCUUGCGCCGGCCUCGCGUGUCCGCCGGACGGCGGCUGCCCCACCCCCCGCCGUCCCGCGCCCCCAGAGUGGCGCUCGUCGCGGAGUCGGCUUCCAGCGAAAGCAGGGACGAUGUGACUGUAACGGGCGAUGCAGAGGAGCAGCUGAGAGCGUCCGCGACGGAGGGGGGCGCUGAGGAGGCCGGGGCGUUCGAGUGGAGCCGCGCGUGGUACGCCGUGGGCGUGGCGUCCGACAUGGACGCGGCUCGCCCGCACGCCGUCACCGUGGUGGGCCGCCCGCUCGUGCUCUGGCGCGACGCCGCGGGGUCGUGGCGGUGCUUCCUCGACCAGUGCCCCUCUCCGAGUCCGCAGGCGUUACGUGUUGGAUCGCAUCUGUUCCCGCCUCACCCACCUCGACCUCACCUCCUCUCACCCCCCCCUUCCUUCCCCCCCCUCCCCUGCCAACGACCACAGGGCCGCAUAGACGCGGAGGGGCGGCUGGCGUGUUCGUACCACGGGCGGCAGCAAGUGGUUGGGGGGGCGAGGGCAGUAGGGGUGGUGGAGGGAAGCAACGACACCCCCCUGUGCCGCACCUCGUUGCCGAGUGGCAAGCCAGAGGGUGAAGCGACCCUUCAGAGGCGGAUUUGUGCUUCGCAGAAGUUCACCCAACGUGCUGUUGCAUGCAAGCUAAUCGCUCCCCAUUCACCUCGUUCGCCUCCAUGCACGCCAGCCACCCCUUUCCCCCCCCUCCCCCUUCCGACCUCCCAGGGAGUGCUGUUCGUGUGGCCUGACGAGCACUCACCACAGCAGGCGGAGGCGAUGCCGCUGCCGCUGCCGCACGGGGUGGAGUGGGAUCAGUACGACGCGCUGCCGCACUACACGCGGCGCCUGGCGUACGGCUACGAGGUGCUGGCGGAGAACGUGGUGGACCUCUCCCACUUCCCCUUCGCCCACCACGGCGUCGGCAUGACCACCCGCGACCAGGGCAAGCCUGUCAGCGACAUCGGCAUGAAGCAACUCCCAGCCCAUCACAACUUAUGCUCAUGCUUGUGCUGCCUGCACUGCCCUCACCCUGCCUGCACUGCUCUCACCCUGCCUGCACUGCUCUCACCCUGCCUGCACUGCUCUCACCCUGCCUGCACUGCCCUCACCCUGCCUGCACUGCCCACACCCUGCCUGCACUGCCCUCACCCUGCCUGCACUGCUCUCACCCUGCCUGCACUGCUCUCACCCUGCCUGCACUGCUCUCGCCCUGCCUGCACUGCUCUCACCCUGCCUGCACUGCCCUCACCCUGCCUGCACUGCUCUCACCCUGCCUGCACUGCUCUCACCCUGCCUGCACUGCUCUCACCCUGCCUGCACUGCUCUCACCCUGCCUGCACUGCUCUCACCCUGCCUGCACUGCUCUCACCCUGCCUGCACUGCUCUCGCCCUGCCUGCACUGCUCUCACCCUGCCUGCACUGCCCUCACCCUGCCUGCACUGCUCUCACCCUGCCUGCACUGCUCUCACCCUGCCUGCACUGCUCUCACCCUGCCUGCACUGCCCUCACCCUGCCUGCACUGCUCUCACCCUGCCUGCACUGCUCUCACCCUGCCUGCACUGCCCUCACCCUGCCUGCACUGCUCUCACCCUGCCUGCACUGCUCUCACCCUGCCUGCACUGCCCUCACCCUGCCUGCACUGCCCUCACCCUGCCUGCACUGCUCUCACCUGCCCUUGAAUGCCUCUGCACUGCCCACCAGCAGGGCGUGAAGGGCUUCGAGGGGCCCAUCCACGUGUUUGGCUUCCCCACGUACCUCCACUUCCAGGCGCCCCAACUCAUCCUGCUGCUUCAAGUCAAAGGUGAUGGCGACCUGCCCUUUCUCCCCCCUCCCUCUCUCAUUUUCCCCCUUCCCUUCUAUUUUCCUCCCCCCCUUCUCCCCUCCUCCCUUCCCCUUCUUCCUCUGUCGCCCUUGCAGGCCACGCCCCCCCAAGUUUGCUUUGCUGCCGAGGAAGCCGGAGGACACAUACGCGCCCAACACGUACCUGCUGCUGCUCUACAUCACGCCGUGUGCGCUGGGCAGCAGCCUGGCCGUGCAGGUGCGCUGGUGAGGCGCGGCGACGGCAAGAAGCUGCCCUCCGUGCCGCGCUGGAUGCUGCACCUCCGCCAGCACCAGGUGUUUGAUGGUGAGUGCUGCACCUCCGCCAGCACCAGGUGUUUGAUGGUGAGUGCUGCACCUCCGCCAGCACCAGGUGGAGCCAUGGCGUACCCGCCUCCCUUGGCAGGCGUGUUACUGCCCCCCCAGCCGGCCCCCAAGGAGCAGGUGUUGGAGCGCAUGGCCUCCCACACCGCGCACUGCACCGCCUGCUCUGGCGCCCUUACCAACGUGCAGCGCCUCCAGCUGCUUCUGCCAGCCGACUCGCUGCUCUCUGCUGCUGCUGCUGUCGCCUCCGCCUCCCUGCGUGCUCACCUGCCACUUGCUGUGCUGGCCCUGGCGGCUGCUGCGGCAGCGUGGAAGGUGCAGGAGGUGGCCAAGGAGUUUGUGUACACGGGGUGGGACCAUGCCACGAGGGAUUGA